GACUGAACUCUGCUGUUCUCGUGGCGAAGGAAAAGGCGAAGAGGGGCCAGACUGGUCGUACUGGGAAGGAAAAAGUAAACUAAAGAUUUAAACGUCAACACCAACGGGAAAGCGUCACGACUCGGCAGCUUGGAACUCGCCCGGUGAGGUCCACGAAAAGCAGCUGCUUUUAGAAAAAGAUAUCUAUUCAUAUUAUUUGAUGGUGUAACGCCAAACACAUUCAGUGUAGUUGUGAUCUUGUGGCCGUGAGCGACACCGCAGAGGCGAAGAGUCUCCUCCCAGUCUGUUGUUGACGGUACACGGUUCGGGCUCCGGAGGAAGGAGACACGGCUCGAUCCGACAGUGUCGCAUUGCCCAGGAUGUCUUCGAAGGCUCAGAGUUCCAAUAACCUCGCCAAUGCCCGGCGAACGGUGCAGCAGCUGAGAAUAGAGGCGGGCAUUGAGAGGAUAAAGGUUUCCAAGGCCUCUGCAGACCUUAUGAACUACUGCAGUGAGCACGGCAGAAACGACCCUCUCCUCAUGGGCAUCCCCACCUCAGACAAUCCCUUCAAGGACAAAAAGCCCUGCACUAUAUUGUAGUAGACGCCACUUAGCAUCCACGUGUUUCUUUUUGUGCUUAUUAAUGUUGCUGUAUCCUUUUCGUUGGGAGGAGUACGGGGUGGACUGUGAUUGUAUCAUUGCCAUGUGUUCCACUGUUCUGUUAUCAAGUCGGCCGUUCAACCCGGACUUUCCUCAGAAAAAAGGAGGCUCUGCUAGUGCCGCCGUUCACUUUGAGCUCUGACCACUAACUUUUAAGACUUUGGCUGCUCGACUUGCUGAUGCAUCAGGUACAGAACGUUAUGUUCUGAAUAUUGUGACAACACAGCGAUGGAUUCGGUCCUUCCUACUGUGUGUGUGCCGCCACUGGGGGAGUCUCUGUUACUGUCGCUCGGGUUUGCCUUAAGUAAAUAGAUUCAUACGGCCAAAGUUUCCAUUCAGUCCUUGUUGCCUCUUUAAAGUGGAUGAUAGUGGCUCUUAUCAGGUGGCUUCAGGCUUCCCACAAGUAUUUUACUAAUUAUGAGCAGUGUCGAUCAGUGAAUUCAGUGGUCAGCGUUUAUCGUGACAUUGCAGUGCAGAAUUCUCACUAGUUUUUACUUUAGGUGUCAGCUGACUUUGUGUGCGGGGCAACACUGUGUAAUAAAGACCACGGGACCACGCCAACAAUACUACGUUAAAAUACAUCUCGAUAUGCAUCCGGAUUAAACUAUUUGUAGCCAUUACUUCCGAAGAAUUCUGCGGUACGCUAUUUUUGGGACAGAUAAGACAUAAAUAAAGCACGUCAGCAAGUGUCGCGCAAUACUGUGAGCCGUGCUUUCCACCUCGUCACAAGGGUCUUAGUUGAGGAGAUGUGCGUGUCGUUCGCCUAAAGUGUGUUUGGUUCAGGUGCAAAUGGUGUUUGUCAAUGAGAAAACCACUCUCUUAAGAAUGCUCUUAACAUUUUUACAUGUUUUUUUUAUAAUUUAAACUAAACUUUUGUUUCUGUGGGAGUUUAAAAUCUUUGUUCUAACAUGUACUUCAUGUUGUGAUUCAGUAAAUGUAUCAAAAAACAGAAUGAAUAGUAUAAAUUAGAAAUUUCUUACACUCUGAAGCCUUAUUUUUGCCUUGUGAAGCAUGAAGCACACUCAUAUUGGCAGUGGUUUCUUUAAACAAACUAAGUUUUUAUCUUGGGAUGAACAUGAUUUGUAACUAUUGUGCCAUCUGUUUCUCUACAUGCAAAACAAAGAAGUAAAUAGUGUUUCUCUUAACUGGUGCUCCUUUUGUUCAGCAGCUUUUGGUAUUGUUGCCCUCUCCAAAGGGCACUUUCAGGUCUUCAAAUCAAAAAUAUCUUUGUUUAUUAUUGAGUUGUAUUAAAUAAUUGUCUCAGUGUUUUUACUUGCCAUAAAUUGCCCUGUAUCCCUCUAAAGGACAAGUUCAGAUUACUACUGCCAUGGCACGAUUUCUGUCCAUUCAGCAACUCCGUAAUUGCCUCAUUGUUCCGCUGAUACCUUAAUUUAACUGUCAGAUUCUGCAUUUUGAUAAAUGUCUUUAUUAAAAUACCAACCUUUGUAUGAAGACUUAACUAAGAUUAAUAAAGUGAAGCAUUCCUAAAGUACAGUACUGUAAUAAUAUCUCAAUAAAAAUGUGUUCUGCUGCACAGUCAAAAGAUUUGGACUAAUGAUGA